UGGCCACUCUGUUCUUUGAUCCUGUAACGUGGAUACAGGGCGGUGGUCAAUCAGCAUCUCGAACCUGUUACAUAAGAUCAGGAGGAAGUCCAUUCAGCCCCUCAGACCAUAUUAAAUGCUGCCCACGGCCACAUUCAAACAAUCAGGGCCAUACAAAGCAGUUUGUCUGAAAUCCUGUUAAACAGCUGACUUCUGUCUUUGAGCUGACUUCCUGAUCUCAUUCACUGUGACACAGUCAGUCCUUUCGAAUUAAAUACACGGGAGAAGCACAGGAAGGAACCAUUCAGCCCAGGCAGAGUGCAUUGGUACUUAGUCCCGGGCAAGCAAUCGGACAGAACCAGGAGCCUUCGAGGGAGAAGCUGAUGAAAUAUCUGGGAGCAGACAAUGAUCAAGGGAUCUUACUUCCUGCUGUUCCUUCUCCAAGCUGGACUGGCACAAGAGUGGAAAUCGCACAGUCCUCGUAAGGUGACAGCGCAGAAAGGCUCCUGUGCCCAGAUUCCAUGUAAUUACAGUUAUCCAUCACAUCUGGUAAACCAACCACGAGUCGGAAUCUGGUUUUAUAAAACAGGAUGGAAACAGUGGUCGACAGCCUUUCAUUCCCAAUAUCGGAGUUAUGAGGAAACUCAGUUCCGCCAUCGGACCCAGCUGUCUGGAGACCUGAAAGAUGGAGACUGUUCCCUGAUUAUAAACAAGAUCAGAUGGGAAGAUUCAGGAUUUUAUUAUUUCAGAGUGGAAUUUAACGAAAGGGAAAAAUAUAGAUUCAAACCGGCAACCCAACUACAAAUUUCUGGGUCACAAUCACGGACACGAGGGUUCCACAAUCAGACCUGGCUGUCUGGAGACCUGAAAGAUGGCGACUGUUCUCUGAUUAUAAACAACAUCAAGCAGGAAGAUGCAGGGCCUUACUUUUUUAAAGUAGAAUUUGACAACGGUCCGAGUCAUCACUAUUAUCCUGUAACCCAGCUUCGUGUUUCUGUGUCUGCCUGGAUGACGUACUUUGUGUCAAAAGAACCCGGAUUGAUAUUAUACCUUUUACAAUCUCUGGGUCUUCAAUCGAGUCUUGCUCUGUCCUGGGAUUGCUCACAAUAUUCUCUUCCUUUGUUUUUAGAUGCACCAGAGGGUCUCACAAUUACUUCCCUCAAUGGGAUGAAAGAUUCAUCAAUCAAUACAAUCCAGGGGGAGUCUGCAGUGAUAAUCUGCUCUGUCAGGAGUUACCCAGCUUCUAACCUGAUGUGGAGACAUCUUAAUGCCAUAAUGACGAGAACAAGUUCCAGCAAUGAGCUGUGGUUGGUGAUUCCUAAUGUUACGUCCAGGGAGGCUGGAGACUAUCAGUGUGUGGCAGAGAAUGAACAUGGAACAGUGGAAGGCUCCAUAACUAUUACUGUGGAAUAUGCGCCAGAGAAUCUCACAAUUACUUCCCUUGAUGGGAUUAAAGAUUCGUCAAUCACUAUAACUGAGGGAGACUCUGCACUGAUAACCUGCUCUGUCAACAGCUUCCCAGCUUCAAACCUGACGUGGAAACAUCUUGAUGUCACAAUGAACAGCACAAGUUCCCACAAUGAGCUGUGGAUGGAGAUUCCUCACGUUACUCCCCGAGACACUGGAGACUAUCAGUGUGUGGCACAGAAUGAACAUGGGACAAUGGAAGGCUCCUUAUCCAUCACAGUACAAUAUCCCCCACGGGAGACCACAGUGUCCAUCAGUGGAGCACCAGGUGGGAUCAGAGAGGGGCAGAAUGUCACAUUAACCUGCUCCAGUGAAAGUAUCCCACCAAUAUCUCAGUACAGUUGGUUUAGGACUGAGGGAACCACCAGCAUCCAGUUAAACACAAGCAGCCAGAUUCUCUCCUUCACUCCAGUCACACGAGGGAAUAUUGCAGGGUUCUACUGCACAGUGACAAACCCAUUGGGUAGCAGCAGCUCCAACAUGACUCACCUGAAUGUGGAAUAUAAGCCAGAAAUUUCUCGAGAGUCAAAAUGUGCAGAGGGGGCAGCGGGGAUCACCUGCGUCUGUGCGGCCAACUCCAACCCUCCGGCAGUUAUCACCUGGCACCUGCCCCAUGCCAACCUCAGCGGUAACCAAACACAUGGAGGGUUUGUGUCUGAGCAGCUCCAAGAGGGGCAUCUGGUGAAGGGGUUCCUGAUCCUGACGGGACACCAGAAUGAAGAGGAAGUGGUGGUAUCCUGCUCAGUUCGAAACCCCCACGGAGCAUCCUUGUUCAAGGCUUACCAGUGGCUCCAAGGUAGAAAUUCCAAUAAAUGGACAUUGGGAUUAGUCGUGGCUGGAGUCGUAUUGAGUGUUUUCCUGGCUGGAAUCUUAAUUUUCCUGUGCGUGCGAAAGAGAAAGCCAACGACUGAGGAGGCACCUUCAAAGACCAAUGACAUUGCAAUGAUCUACAGUCAAAUCUCUGUGAAGCACAAGGGUUCACGGAACAGGGUACUCACUCACCCUCAGAUUCCAACCAGGGACACAGCUGGAGAGACACGACAAGCUCGCCAGGAUGUCUUUGAAGGUCCAGUGGGAGAAGCUGCUACACACCCUGAUGGAACUGAGGACAUUGUCUAUGCCAAUGCCAACUUGUCAAAGCUGCCCUGCGGUGACGGGACCAUACAGAGGGGCGAGGAAACAGAAUAUGCAGAGAUCAGAUUCCAGCCCCAAACUGAGGGAAAAACAGGGAGGAAGGUGUGAGGAGUAGUUGCAGCUGUUAAGGUUAAGUAACAAUGAAGAGAAAAUGACUUGUCUAACUUUGUUCUGAGACUGGAACACCCCACUUCGAGCUUUGCAGCUUCUAAAACACUGAGAAAUUAAUCAAAGUCUUCAGCUUCUGUACACGUGAUUAAACCACUCAGACACGUCUGUGCCCAUACAUUUAUCGUAAAUGCCAUAUCCUGGAGAAUAAUGUUUGUAGGAGAAAGUUUGUAGGAAUAAUGUUUGUACCCAAGAUAGUGCUUCCUGUUCUCACACGCCCUUCCUGUUAGCUAAGUUCAUACUGAAAUAACUGCACAGAGGCCAGCUUCCUGUCACCACGUUCCCUUUUAUUUACAUGUGACACUGAUCCAGUUCCCUCAGAGCCAGCUCUUGGAGUGAACAGAACCCCUGAAACUCCUGUUUACAUCUGUCAGCCCAGACUCCCUGUUUGGGGCUGUUAAACCGGUCCAGUCUGUGGGAUCCACCUGGCUGACCUUGUGAGAAUCAGUGCAUCCUUCCCCUUUUAAUUCCGGGGACGUAGACCUGUAGCCUUCUGCUUGUAGUCUCUCCUCUGGUAUUUUCGCACUAGGUCUGGUUCCUCAGACUCAGCCUUGCAUACAGCCGGCAUGUCCCAAACUGUAGCCCAUCACUCGCACUCGGAACACCUUGGAAGAAAUGCAUCCUCUUCUUCACACGCUAAAGGCAUGAAGACUCAGUGGGUCUCUUUUGCUACCUCGAGUCCGCCUACCAGCAACAACUACAAUGGCUCGCCGGCCUGGAUUCAGUGAAAACUUGAACCCUUUGGCUGAGGCUUGGUUUUGUUUUGGGGUUUUGCUGUGUGCUGACCUAGAGUCCCUCCGUUCAGGAUGUGUCCUGAGUGAGGCUGUGCAGUUGCCUUCACUCAAGUGGCAUUCCCCAAGCUCAGUCGGACUGGUGAGGGUGUCCACUUCCAUCGGAAUACCCUGUAACUCGUGCUCCACUGGCCAUUUUCCAAUGAUAAAUCCAGUUGAAGUGCCUGUUUGAAAGUCCAGUUGGGCUUCAGCUAGGAGGUGUUUUUGCAUGGUUAUAUCAUUAAUCCCAUGUACCAAACACUCAUUAAGGGUUAAACCAGAGUCACCAGAGCCAGUCAUCUUAACCUCAUCAAAAAUCCAGACAUGGAUUCCCCUGGUAAAACCAAUGGUGUAUCAGAAUCAGAGGAGGCUUUGGGUUGUUAUAUUCCUUAACUAAAUCCAUCAAUUGGAAAUGUUUUGGUUUCUGGUGCAUCAGGAUACAUUCGGCUCCUAAUAACCAAAAAAGCUGCAGGUCCGCAAGCUGUCGGAAGAAUGGCUUUCUAUCUGCCCCAGUGUCAGUUGCCUGGAAAAAUCAACACAUUCUUUCCACACACUGGGCCCAGUCUUCAACAACAGGAUCGAAUGAGUCAAGUUUCCUAAAUAAUGGCAUGAUGCCAGAAAUAUUUACACAGCUCAAAGACAACCGUUGUAAGUGAAUUUCUUCAGGAAUGUGCAUAACUCUGCUACUGAAAUAACUCCACACAGAGACUGGUAUCCUGUCGCCAAGUCCCCCUUUAUUAACACGUGGGCAGUGACACUGAUCUAGUUUCCUCAGAGCCGCUCUCAGAGUGAACAGAACGACCGAUACUGCUGUUUCUAUCUGUCAGCCAGGGCUCCCUGAUUGGGGCUGUUAACCCAUUCUCAGGAAACUCAGAUUCAGGAGUUGACCUGGCUGACUUUAUUACACACACUAUGACUUCUCAUGGAAAUUUCCCGUGUAAACAUGUCACGCUGCAACGACAUCUUCCUGCCACUGGUGACGCUCAGUGAUCAUCGUUUUGGUUUUCUCAGACACUGGUAGUAACUGUCCUGUUGUUUUUAACCAGGCCCAUUGGGGAUUGGAUGGUCCUUAUGAUCCUGGCUGAGCAAGGUUCCAACAUCCUACUCCUCCCUUCAGCUGUGGUCACCCUCGGGUUAAAGUCUCCAAGUCGGAGGGUCAAUGCUGAGGGAGCACCACACUGUCGGAGGGUCAAUGCUGAGCGAGCACCACACUGUUGGAGGGUCAGUACUGAGGGAGUGCCUCACUGUCAGAGGGUCAGUGCUAUGGGAGUGGCGCACUGUCGGGGGGUUAGUUCUGAGGGAGUGCCGCACUGAUGGAGGGUCGGUGCUGAGUGCCGCACUGUUGGGCGGUCAGUGCUGUGGGAGGAUCAGUGCCGAAGGGGUACCAUACUGUCGGAAGAUCAGUGCUGAGGGAGUGCCGCACUGUCGGAGGGUCAUUGCUGAGCGAGAACCGCACUGUCAAAGGGUCAGUA